AUGGGGUCGCCGUCGCAUAAAUGUGCCUUCAAUUGCUACGGCAUAUUUUUUCCGUCGCUAAAUUUCUCUACUUUUAACUACGAAAUCAAUCAGAUCUGUUUGUCUCUCACUUUGUGGACUGCAUCUUGUCGAUCUCCACUCUCAAAACAGAAUGAGAGAGCAGAAUCAGAGCAGACGAAAGCAGAAAAUCUGAUAGCGCAGGCAGAAAAGAGAAAGAGAGAAAAUGAGAAGCUUCACUCAGAAAUAAUUGAGUUGAAAGACCAGCUCCAAGCCAAACAGGCAGUGAAUGAGGAUUUUGAAGCCCAGAAGAAGAUUAAAGCACUUGAACAAACGUUAAAGGAGAAGGGGCAGGAGCUUACUGAUCUGUCAGAAUUUUACAAUCCACUGAUUUUCAAGGAGAGGAGCAAUAAUGAUGAGCUGCAGGGGGCCCGUAAAGAGUUAAUUGAGGUACUAGCUGAUAAGAUAAAUCUUCCAUGUAUGCUGGUCAAAGGUAGCUACUACACGGGUACUGAUGAUGGAGCUGUAAACUUGAUUAAAAUUGAUAGUGGAAUUGGAAGUGAAUAUAUUAUUGAUCUGAUGGGUGCUUCUGGAACACUAAUUCCUGCUAAGAUGUGGUUCAUGAUGUGUCUCAGCAUAUGGAAGAGGUUCAAGAUGCAACCAGUGGCCAUGAAUUUAGAAGGGAGUCCAUAGGAGAAGGAGUUCAUCCACAUUCAACUAGUGAUCAAGAAAUUGAGCAUGCUCCAGUACUCACCAAGCCCCUCUAGUAAAUGAUAAAUAGUAUUGUGGUCAAGGAUGCUUUUGAACAAUAUUACGUUUGGCAACUUUUCCUUUCAGUUAUCUAGUAUGGUAGGACAUUAUAAUUAUGAAAGACUGCAGUUUGGUUAAUUUCAGUUUGUACUUGGUAGUGGAAUAUAACUUGGCACUUAUCUUUUGAUUA